UGUCAAUCUUUACGCUCUAUGACGUAUUGAAUCAUGUAAUUUUAAGUGAUUUUAGUGAAAAUACGAAAAUGGAUAGAAACACCUUUUUUCUUUACCUAUAGCAGGUAGACUCCCGAUUGCAAUGGGCGACUGAAGUUAGGAUGCGAAUGGCAACUAAUUACUAGUCUCAACCAGUGGCGUUUAUUUAUGAAAGUCCAGUCCAAUAUGUUGCUGUUUCUGUAAUAAUGUUCUUACCUUUUGUUUGAUUUCAUUUGAUGAGUAAAAGUGGUACUAAUUGUUUGGUAUCAUUCCAUAUAUGUGAUAAAUUAUAACAGAUGCUACACUAAUUUGUGUCUUGACAUGGAAAUUGUAUACCUCAGGUGAAAUUUGUAUAUAUAUAAAUUAUGUGCAAUGUUUUAUUGUCAUUUGUAAUGGAAACUAAGGUCACGAGUAAAACUAGUAGUCUCAAAGCACUUUUACUCCGGGCAUGGCGUGAGCGCUGGAGUGAUUUGCAAUGGGGUAUCAAUAUAAAAACUAUUUUACCACGAGGUGUAAGCGGAGAUGUUUAUAAUUUAGCUGAUUGCAUUCUGCAACAGGCAUUGGUCGGACCUGGACCAAAUCAACUUGUCUUAUCUUACCUGAAGCAUUCACUAAGUUCACAGUUGGUGUCUUAUGCUGCUGUCCUGCAGCGCAUCAGUAAAUAUGAUGCGUUCCACAAACCACAUUGCAUUGUCAGUCUGAUGGAGUUCUUAGAUAUGAUUCAAGUAGGAAUUACAUGCAGAGGAAAACCAGAAGAGGAUCUUUUAGCAGCAGCAGUUCUGUCUAUAGUUCAUUGGUUGCUUCAAUGUUACCUUUAUGCGAUAACAAAGAUGCCACAUAAUAAUCCGCUCUCUCCACAACCAUCGGAACUUAUAGACAAACCUGCGAGUAUUCUGAAACAGAUGCUAAGCUCUGACUUCAUUUACGCAAUGAUGUAUUUGGCUAAGUAUGACGAUAAAGAUCUGUAUAUCGAAGUAGUCAAAAAAUGUCAUGAAAUAGAAGUGGUACAAAAAACAAGUACUCUAAAGUCAACAGUACCAAUCGAAGAUUCUCUGAAAAAAUUAUGCAAUUUAGAAGUCGAAAGUUUGGCACUGCAUUCUACAACAGCUGAAAUGGAAUCUAUUACGUAUUGUUUGCAGCCACUUCUUGCUGUUCAAGUGCUGCUAAAUCCUAGUACAGAAACAUCAGUAUUCGUCAAUCAACUUCUUAUGAUUCAACGACUGAAAAGCUAUACAAACGCAAGACUUUACUGUGAAAUUAUUCGAGCUUGCUUGAUGUGUUUACACGACGUUACCGGAACUUCUAAAGAAUCACAGUGGGGAGCAUUUAUUUUUUUAAAAGUACCCCUCAUCUUAAAAGAGUUGCACUGUUCUACCCUAAAUGGUGACGAAAAGUUUGAAUAUUCACAGGAGGUGUUGGAUGCGUUUGAAUUAUUAUUACAAUUUACACCCUUACUCGAUAUAAUGGAUACAACGUGUUCAUGUAAUUGUGUAGAAUGUUUACUGAAUCAAUUACAAAAAGUUAAUCUAGUUACGGAAGAUCAAGCAAAACACCUAAGUAGUAAAAGAGAGGGAGUAACAGCAGCAUUGCAAAAGCUCGAAUCAUCAGGAUCUCCAACAUCAUCAAUACCAAAAGUAAUAAUUCGUGCAGAGCCGACACUAGCAGGCAUUUUAAAAACACUCAAUGCAGAUUAUCCAAAAAUUCAAGAAGCAUUACUGAGUAUGCUGUGUCAAGUUUUAACCGGAAAGAGCUUCGAACUGAUAUUAGCAGUAGCCACAGUGGAGGGUCAAUUAAAAACAUUUGUGACAAAGUUAAUUAAAUUCAACGAAUGCAGCAAACAAAUAAAUGAGACGGGACCAGGAAAAACGGCUGCGACACGAGCAAUGUUAUUUGACGUAUCGUUUCUAAUGCUAUGCUCAAUUGUCCAAACAUAUGGAUCUGAUGUUGUUUUAGAAGAAGGUGGUGAUUCCUUUUUCGAACAAUGGGUGCGUGAGUGUAUGGCUGAAAGAGAUAAACCAAAGUCUCCUCAAAAAAUGCUACAGAAUAUAGAUCCAGCUCGCGUGGAUGCUCUCUUGACACAAAUCAAUUCAGCCGAUCCUGACGUUAAGGGGAGCAACGUAAAGUGGCACGUGGCAUGCCGAUCCGCUAUGGGUGCUGUCAAGGAAUUACUCUGCGCCUGGGAGAGCGGUGCACUAGGUGCUGGAGAUGUUAAACGAGCACUUGACGGAUUGCGCGCAGCUGCCUGUUGUCUGCCUGUAUGUGCGGCAGCAUGGCUAUGUGCACACAUGAGCAUAACUCAUCAGGAUGCACUCCUAAAGCCUAUGAAUAUGGUGCAGCAAUUCCUUACGCCAUUUCCUAGCGAUGAAAUGCAAGAUAACUUUAAAGAGCGAUCCAGUUUAAUGUUUCAAAUAAUCCGUAAAAUGCAGUAUGACGUUCAUCCACCUACACAGUCAAAAACAAAAGUUCUUUCGAUGUCUCACAGUAUAAUAUCAAGACAACCAAUUUCGGAGCAAUUGGAGUCAGUCUGGCAAGGUAUUCAUCAACGGGGUUGGAUAAACGUGCAAGCUACUCAAUCCUUAGAGUCCUUAUUGAACACUGGUGGAUCCAUGUGGUUCGUAUCAAAUUUAGUAAAGGAAGUAUUAAAAUACAGAUAUCAGGAGGAAUUGCUCCAGGCUGUGGAUUUAACUUUCUCAAUAUUUCACUUGGAUAUUGAGAAUUGUACAUUGGAUCUUCUAAAUCAUGUCGUUCCACAGUAUCUGUAUAAUGCACUACAGAGUGAGGAAUUAGUGGAGCCACAGUCAUCGAUCUUAGCUAAACUAUGUGUCUCUUGUAUAUAUUCAACGUUAGAGCAUAACAAUUCCAAUCCAAGUCGCGGAAACAGUAGGAAACGUGCAAGGCAUGACAUGGACACUGAUGAGUUGGACGCACUAGGUGUUCCAGCGAAUAAAAUCCUUAGACUCAAUGAAUCUGGAGAUUCGAAUCCGAUGUUCGGUUCAAAUUCACCACAAGCCCAAACAACGACGAGCGGGCAAAAGUCUAUUAUUUUGAGGGAUCCCUUGGCAACUGCCCUUAAUGGGCUAUUUUCCACAUUUGCUUUUCUCGCUGGUAGAGAUGGAGAAGUGUCCCAACAAACACAUUUUAUAUUACAAUUCUUGAGGUUUAUGGUACAGUGUGGAAAGGACCGGACGCGUAUUGUACUACAGGGAAUGCCGCAAACAUUGGUGCCUUGUUUGCUCAAGUCGCUGCCAGAAUUAUUUACGACUGAUUUACUUCUAAGGUUAUAUGACAUUCAAACUGCAGUGGGACGUAAAGCAACUGCAAGGGAUCUAUGUAUGUUACGUAAUAUUAAUUUAAAACCUGCGAAAUAAGACAUUAUGUAUGAAAUAAUCAUGAUUGACGUGGAAUGUACAUUUCUUUUGCCAAUUUAUUUUAAUACCUAAAUAAAGUCAUAAAUGGAGUAUUGUUGA